AGUCGGACGACGAAUGAAAAGUAUACAAACGUACAAAGUUGAAUAAAAAAAGUGUGAAUGUCCAACGUAUUUUUGGGUCGGGAGAGGAGAAUGGAGGCGGAGUCGUCGUCGUGGAUGUUUUGGCUCCGCCUGCCGCGGCUGACAAAUGUCGCCUUUUUCUAUCCAACAUUCUUCUUCACACAAAUGCAGUCGACGCCAACAAACACGACGUUAUAAAAGCCAUUGAUGUGAUUUGAAAUGUUGUUGUUUUUUCUAUCGCAACAUGGACCUUCUUCACUCGCCUUUUUAAAGUGGGACGGAGAGCCAGCGCCAGGAUCGAGCGCCAUGCAGACUAAAUGUGAACGUCGUUCCGUCUUUGUCAGCGACUAAUCUGACGGUGCCGCCAGCCGAGCAGUUCCCUGACGGGAUUUCAAGCGUGGUCAACAAGCACUUGGAAUUUCUGAAUGGGGCUUCCAUUGGGAUGUACCUGGCCAACAUGACGUCUUUCUGAUGGCCCGCGUGAACAUUUGGCAGCGUUGUUGUCGCUGAGGGAGCCCCCGUGUGCCCAGGAUGCCAGGAUGCCCGUCUCCCAGGACAACGCCCUCAGCAUCCUUCCACUCCUGGAGCGGUGGCUUGGAGCUCAGGCCCGCACGUCACAGCACGGCAAGGACUGCUGGCAGGAUGAGGACACUCGCAGCAAUGUCGGUAGCGUCCAGGCGGAGGGCGUCUCCUCGUGUCUUUCCGCCAUCCGCAAGUUGGUAGAGUACAUCCACUUCAAUUUCACGGAGGAUGACGGCGCUCCGUCGGCCGACUCGCCGUCCUGCCAUGACGGAUCGGACGUGGAAGUUCAUGCCAUUUCCGUCAGGAAAAAGCAAGGCGAGGCGUCGGAUUUCGGCCUCAGCUUUGGGAACAUCCCCAUUUUCGGCGACCCGGACGGGAGAAAAAAGGGAGGGCCGAGGCGGAGACGGGAUCAAAGUCCCAUCAUGCACGUGGGCUGCAUCUGGGUGACGGAGGUGAGGAAGGGUAGCCCGGCCGCCUGCUGUGGAACAAUCAAACUGAGGGAUGAGUUGCUGUCCCUGAAUGGACAACUGAUGGUGGGAGUGGACGUUAGCGGAGCCAGUUACCUGACUGAUCAGUGCUGGAAUGGAGGUGAAAUUUACCUUGUCCUGCUGCGACGAUUCAAGCGAAAAGCUCCCCCGCCUCCGCGUGAGGUCGAUGGCCGCCCGGAUGUUCCAGUUGGCGACGAGCCGCCGCAGCGCCCGGCUUCCUGCGACUGGGCCGACAGUCCCGUGACGUGCAAACGCACGCGCAAGUUGGGUGUGGUUUCACGCCCGCCCUGCAGCCGCCACCACAGAGACGGCGCCGACUCAGCGUGUCUGCGUGAGUGCGGGGAGCCGGGCGCGGAAAGUACGCUCGCCUUUGCACGCACGCACGUGGUGGGUCGUCAUGACGACUGGGGUCCAUCAGGAGCUGCCCGCCAUCAUCCUCACGGCGGCCUGAGAGGAGGCACCGCCACCCUGCCUUCAAGAAGUCAUCGCCAACCAACACAAGAGAAAGACUUGACUCUCUGCAGGAAACUUUCCACUCAGCCGCGAGAGGGCUGCCAUAUAUGGAAAAUGCACCUGGUGAAAGGCGAGGAGGGCUUGGGCGUGCAGAUUACCGGUGGGCGGGGCUCCAAGCGCUCGCCGCAGGGCAUCAACAUCGCCCGUAUCGAGGAGGGAGGAACCAUCCACAGAGACGGUCGUCUUCAAGCUGGUGAUGAGUUGCUGAUGAUUAACGGUCAGUCUCUUGUGGGCCUGACUCACCAGGAGGCCGUCUCUGUUCUCCGCUCUGCUACCGGUCUGGUCCAGCUCGUGGUAGCCAGCAGGGAGGAAUACCAGGUCAACUUGCACAACUUUCCAUCCACCAGCCUUCCUGAUCUGUUGACCAACUUGGAGAAGCUGGAAGAAACGAGUUCAAGAGGAUCUUUGAAAGGCUGUGGUCAGUCACAGGGAGGAAGUGUUGUGUUGGAGUCGGUGGGGGAAGACGAUGAGUUGUUGGUAAACAAAAGUGAGGAAAAAAUGGCCGCCAAGUCGUCAACGUCAGGAAGACGUAAACAUUCUUUACCACAACAACUGGAUCCUGCUGCAGACAGACCGGAAUAUUCCAUCAUCAGGAAAUCUGCACGCUCGCUGAGUACGGUUCAAGUGGAGUCGCCAUGGCGACUGGCCCAGCCAUCUAUUAUCUCCAACAUCGUGCUGAUGAAAGGACAAGGAAAGGGUCUGGGGUUCAGUAUUGUUGGUGGUCAGGAUUCAGCACGCGGCCAAAUGGGGAUUUUUGUCAAGACCAUUUUCUCCCACGGCGCCGCAGCAGCGGACGGACGACUGAAAGAAGGAGAUGAGAUUCUGGAAGUAAACGGAGAGUCUCUUCAGGGGCUGACGCACCAACAAGCCAUCCAGACAUUCAAGCAACUGAAGAGAGGCGUGGUCUCCUUGACCAUCCGGACUCGCCUGCGUAGUCCCAGUCUGACGCCGUGUGCCACGCCCACCUUGCCGAGCCGCUCCAGUUCGCCCAACUCCAGCGCCAGCCACAGUUCCAACCUCCAUGCGGGCCCAGAGGAGUCCGAGGGCAGACCGGGUCCCGGUCCAAAGGAUUGCAUCAUCAUGGAGGUCACGCUGGAUAAAGAGCCUGGCGUGGGUUUGGGGAUCGGAGUUUGUUUCCUCACGCCAGAGAACUCCUCCCCAGGGAUUUACAUCCAUAACCUGGCCCUGGGCUCUGUGGCCAAGAUGGACGGCAGACUCAGUCGGGGCGAUCAGAUCCUGGAGGUGGACGCUGUCAACCUUCGCUUUGCGGCGCUCAGUGAGGCCUACGCCACCCUCAGUGAAUGUGGUCCUGGUCCGGUCAGCCUCAUCAUUAGUCGCCACCCAAAUCCCAGGGUAUCCGAGCAGGAAAUGGACCAUUUCAUAGCUCGAUCCACACACAGGAACAAAAUGAAGAACCGACACUCCUCCAAUGCUUCAGGUUUUUGCUGCAAGAGUCCAUCUGACAGCCCAGCAGAAGGACUUCAUGCUCUCAGCUGGACCAUGAAGAGGUUUCUGGACCCGGCCAGUCGAGGUUCCCUGAGCUCGGAGACAGAAGUGUUGCUGACGUGUCAGGACUCAAACAUCCAGGAAGCCUUCAACACGUCCAUGGAGGACAUUGCAGCCCAGCAGCCUCAAGGAAUGUCUGCACCUGGAACUGAGGUGGACUGUGACACGGUGUACGGAGCAGCAGACACAGUUCCCCACCACGACAAGACGGUCGGCAGCGUGCGGAGCCCACUGCUCCGUCAGCGCAGGAUCCUGCGUUACGAGGACGAGCUGGGCAGAGAGGAAGACUCUACGACGUCAUCUUUCGACGUGGAAGACGAGGGCGGCGGCCGACGUGUGAAUGACGAUGUCGCCAGUUGCAACGAAGGCUCCGAAGCUGCCCCUUCAGAGUCGCCCUUCAUGCAGAUCGGUUGCUUUGCGGAGGGCAAAGCAGGCCGGGAAGACGGACGGCUGCCGGCGAUGGACGGUGAAGUGACACUGGUCAGAAGCAGUACGAGUGCUGAAUCUCUAAACUCUACUGAACAGCGGACGUCCUCUCCAGACCAGACCAAGAUCACGUUUAAUGAUCCGCAGUGUGAGAACAAAUCCGCGGCUGUAAGCAGCUUGAAACUCGACACAAGUGAACUUUUGGGGGUUUGUACUCUGGAGACCGUGACCCUGACGAGACGUAAUGACGAAUCUUUUGGGCUGGACCUGGAGAUCACGGCGUCCCCUCUGAAAGUCGUCGUCAACGGCUUAAAGUGUGGCGGAGCCGCAGAGAGGGGAUGGAAAGGAGUCUUGUGUCCUGGCGACGAGAUUGUGACCAUUGGUGAAACGCUGGUGAGCGCCUCUAGCUACCAGGAAAUCUGUGAACUCAUGAAGAACCUUCCUAUGACGCUGUCUUUGGAAGUGAAGAAACCUGUCUCAGCUGUAGCUGGGCGGUCCCCAAUGACGAUGUCCUUUGGGAGCAGUGAUGGAGACAUAAGUCUGAUCCCGGACAAAUCUUUACGGGGAUCAUCGGAUGAGGACCAAGUGUCAAAUGCAAAGAUCAGAAGUUGGGACUCGAAACCCCAAACAAACAGUCCAACCCUCAUCUCCAACAUCGAUGAUAUUAUACAACAAAUGAGCCCGACUUUUGACAAGUCUCCCAGCAACACCCCACCUGCCGAAAACAUAUCUGAGAAAGGUGACGUUCAAGUUCAAGCACAGUCAAGUCGGCAGGAUUAUGACUUAUUGUAUACUCCAAGUGAAAACACUACCUUUUUUCAUGCUGAUACAGCAGUAUCGGACUGUUCUCCUGAUGCUAACCAACGUAAGGAAGACAGAUCUUCAGUCUCAAAUAGAUUAUGCCCAGAAAGGUUUGAUGUGCUGGAUAAAGGUAAAGACUCCAAAGCCGGUCGCUGUGAAUCAAUUGGUGACUCGACUUGUGAGAAACUCAAUCUGUCGAGUGGCGCUUACAAUCUCAGGAAACCACCCUUGGAUGAAAAGAAAGGGGAACGUUGUUCCGGUGAUGACCAAGUACUUUCUCCUGAUGGAGGUGUACCUUCCAACACACCAUUGUCUUUGCCUUCACACCAUGCCAGUGACAACUACGAGCCGAGUCAGAGGACGAGUGCCUUUACCGACUCCUCCUACGUAGCGAGCAAAGAACACUCACAGAACUCCCAAUGGAAGGACGUCUCAGCCAUGGAGAAAGCACCUGCAAUGUCUCUAUCCCCGAUGGAGUGUCACGUCAUUAGUGCCGUUGGGUCUGACUCGGACAAACAUGACGAGGCAUUUCAUCCUGGAAGACUUAGUAUUCAUGGCAACCUCAGCUCGCUUGACUGUCCCGAUCACCUGCCUCAUGAUGCCUUGCUGGACUCCGAUGCAAUCAAGCCUUUGAAUGCAGAACCACCUGAACAAAAGUCAUUCAAGCAGACUUACAAUGUGACUACUGACGGUUCAAGCGGAGCAGAGUCUAGUACUGAGAAAAUCCCAAAUGCUCGACCUAUCCCUAAGUUUCACGAUACAUUUCAAAUUGACGGUAGCCCUAAACUUAAGGGGCUACGGACAAAGAGUAAUAAAGCACUAGCAGAGCCACUGCACAAUCUCACCAAGAGUCCAAGUCCAGUUCUUUCAAAAAGCAAUGUGGUCUUGAACCAGCUGAGAAAUUUACCACUAGAGGACGCAAUGUUUCCCACUUUGAAGCCCAGUAACCAACUUGAUAAGAACGGUGUUGCGCUAUCCAAAUGUGGUGAAGGUGGGACUUGGCACCUUGCCUCAGGUGACACAUUUCGACCUCUCAUUCCAAGCAAGGAGACUGAUACCGACGUACGCGUCACGACGAUGUCAAAACCGCAGGCGCUCUCACACCGACCUGCCACUCAGAGAACGUUCAUUGAAGUUCAACUGUACUCUUUCUCUGGUACGUCACCUUCCGUGGCAAACAAGCGCACAGUGGACUCUAAAAAUGAUUCAUUUGCACAAUCGGGCAUACGUGUCCUUCCAAAUUCUACUUCCAAAGCAGGGACAACAAAUGGUCUUUUUGAUCAAAUAAAGGAUCGUCAUUCAGCUACAAAUAGUACCUUGACACCCGCUGAGACAAGUGAUAACCCAAAAUCCGGCAUCUCCAAGCUGCACAAAAAGACAAUUCUGAGGCGAAGCUUUGUUACAGACACUCCCUUUUCUGUGGACUACAAUCCCUUCUCGGUCCAACACAAGAUAAAGUCCUUCGAAAACCUGGCACACUUUGACAAACCUAUGGCUAAAAGUAGUGAUAAUCCGUCAUAUGCUCUGGCAUACGGAGCCUCACUAAACCAAAGGAUCGCAGGUUAUCUGGGCUUGGCAAACUUUGACUACCAGGCACAGCAACCCAUCUCGACACCACCCUGCUCAUCGGCAAAACCUCUGUCAAACAUCACUUUGAUAAACCUCGACCCUCCUUAUACAAGCUCUAAUACGGUUUACCUGACUAAGGACAGUCUUGUCUCUAAAGUGCCGAAAGUUUUGGAUUUUACACCAGCGACCCCACCAGUGGUGCGGAGGAAACAUGCCAGACUUUCCUGCCACCGGUUGAGGCAAGCCAGGGCUCUCAGUAUGCCAGAACUGGGAAAACUGAGCACAUGCGACCUGUUAGCCAGAACGGAUGGCGUUGAGGAUAAAACUGAGGUACCCGUUCCUUCCCCUGCCACAGAGACCGUGGGCAUGUCACCUUCUGCAACACAAACAAUGGUAGAGAGGACAAAAGAAGGCCAAAGUAACAUGCUAGAAACACCUGAGAGAAACUCUGAUAGCACUAAGCAGCAGUCUGACUCCUCAGUCAAGUCCAAAGGUUCUGUGCAAACGACAAAUGAGCUGUGCCGUCCUGCUUCCACAGAGGUCACCAAGCACACUCGCCUUGUGGUCCUGCGCAAGGACCAAGGCUCAGGACUUGGCUUCAGUAUUGCCGGAGGAAGUGACCUGGAGCAAAAGAUCAUCACUGUCCAUCGGGUGUUCAGCAAAGGUGCAGCCAGCCUGGAAGGAACCAUUCUGAGGGGUGACCAGAUUUUAUCAAUAAACGGAACUUGUCUGGACGGUAAAACCCACGGCGAGGCGGUUUCUUGCCUCCAUCAAGCCAAAGUCCCCAAUCAAGCCCGAGUAGUUAUUUGCAGAAGUAUAAAGAAUGAAAAAGGUUCCUCUGAAAGACACGACUCAGCCUGCAAGCCACCGACGGAGCUCUCAGCCCUCAACAUGUCUUUGGAGAAAAGAGCAGGUCCAGACGGGGUUUUGAAAGUUGAGCUUCACAAGACGUCUGCUGGCCUCGGCUUCAGCCUGGAUGGGGGAAAGUCCUCAAGUCAUGGAGACAAGCCUCUAACUGUGAAACGCAUAUUCAAAGGGGGCGCUGCUGAGCUGUCCGGUCUGAUGGAGAUUGGGGACGAGGUCUUGUCAAUAAAUGGGAGUUCCCUGGAGGGUCUCAUGCAUCACGAUGCCUGGAGGAUCAUCAAGGCGACUAGCGACGGUCUGAAUCACCUGACCGUCCGCAAGCUCAGGGAAGAACUGUAGGAGAACUAAAGUGCUGAGGAGAAGAUCAGCCGAGCUUCAGGGAAGAGAUCACCAUCUUGUCUUACACAGUUGUACUUUUGUUGUGUUGAAGUGACAUCUUAAUGCUGUACAGUUAUGACAUCAACAUACAACGUUGUCGUCAAGUUUUUUAGUGUUACGCUAAUGUUUGUUGUGAUUUAUUUAAAGGAGUGGAAGGAUUUUAUGGAAGAUAUUUUCAAAGAUUUGCAAAGACAAUAAUUGGACCCACAAGACUGAUUUAUUAUUGCAAUGGUUUCCUACUCCCCCCACAAAUGUAAUCAUCUCCAUUUGUAAAGUCCUGAAUCCAGACGGUGAUCCUGAUCAUCCUCAAAUUCUUUUCACUUGCUCCUCAUCCCAUUUCUCACACAGAGUGAACGUUCGAUGGAAAACCGCCCUUAAUUUAUAAAGUAAACGUGGAAUGAAAGUCGGUUUCGUAACAAAGGGGUUUCUCCUGGGUUGGUGGGGUUGCCACCUCAUAAUGUACCAACACGUUGGUGGUCAUUGUUUGUCUGGGACCUACCCUGGAGACCCGACCAGGAGCGAGCUCCAGACGGUAUCGCUCUCCAAGGUCAUUGUAACGCGCAAGCCCCCUUCGCCACGUCUAGACCAGACCCAAGAGAGGCCAUGUCCUCCGCCUUCCUCCUG